AUGGCAGUCGACCGCCAUGGCCACUCCUUGCUUGUCCAAUCUUUCCUCAGCCGACUACUCAUUUGCGUGUUGAUCGUUUCGUCGACGGCACUAUUGACCCUGUUUGACACAUCCCCCAAACUGAUCCUGGACGACAGCGGUUCCGCAUGGACGAACUCUCUACUUCGUUGGGACGCCUUCCAUUUCGCACACAUAGCCCGGGAAGGUUUUGUGUACGAGCAUGAAUGGGCCUUUUUCCCCGGGAUUUCGCUUGUCAUGCGUUGGUCCUGUUCCGUCCUAUCGCUACUGGGUCUUAGUCCACCAGGGUGGCCUGCUCUCUUGAUCGGUGGAGCCAUCGUUGGGGCACUCUUAGAUUCCACCCGCAUUUUGUAUCAACUUUCGUUACACCAUCUGCGUUCACCCUCCGCUGCAUUCCUGGCUACCACGUCGCGGUUCGCCCCUUACAGUGAACCUUUUUUCACCUACUUUUCUUACAGAGGUAUGCUUGCCUGCUUUGCUUCACGAAUCGCCGGUGCUUUCCGUUCCAACGGUGUCCUUCUCUGCGGCUUCAUGAUAUGGAACAUGCUCGUGGCUCCUCUCCUGUCUGGUCGCAAGGACUCGCUUUCGCUGAACAGGACAUUGUACUGCAUCGUUUGCGUGGCCCUACCGCUUACUCCCUUUCUCCAUCACAAUUAUAGCGCCUUCCUUCUGUUCUGUUCGUCUACGGAGGGCCGCCCUCAGUGGUGCGAAGAAGGCAUGUUACCUUCGAUAUACACACAUGUCCAACGCGAGUAUUGGGAUGUCGGUUUCCUUCGUUACUGGACAAUUUCUAACGUCCCAAAUUUCUUAAUUUCGUUACCGGUGCUCCUGAAUGUAUGGAUCUUUUGCAUGUUCUACCUCUCUCAUCUCCCUCGCAUCCUCUGCGGUGGUCUUGCCCAAAGGGAAUGGAAGAAUAUCGCUCAUCCUCCAUUGAAGAACUCAUUAUUCCUCAAUCCCUCCAUUUUGCCUCACGUUCUUCAUGGCAUCCCGCUUACUCUCAUCCUGAUGUUUAACGCACACGUUCAGAUUGCCUUGCGAGUGUUGCCUUCACUACCCAUGACAUACUGGGCGGCUGCUCGACUCCUUAUUGAGCAACCAAGAUGGGGAAAGGCGUGGGUGACAUGGAGCAUAGUGUGGUGUGGGUUGAGCUGUGUUUUGUGGGCAGUCUUCCUUCCUCCUGCGUAA